AUGAUUUCCUCUGUGAAUUAUCCUAAACCGUAUGUUCUUACUUUGUUUUCCCAAGUUUUAGGUCGCGUUUUUGAACUUUUGAAUUUUGGUGUCUAAACUUAAAUUUCUCAAGUUGCUUCCGAAGACUGACGUCUUGUUCAAAUGGUGCUAAUGCCCUUUUUUGCAAUCUUGAACGAUUCAUUUUCAGGAGGUGUAUGGGAAUGGAAUGUGUUCGAACAUCAGCUCUAAAGUAUUGGACACCGCAGAACUUCGGUCCACAACGGUGGUUGGACGACACAUCCCAGUCCUCCUCGUCUCCGCUUGACGUGGGGCAUCCAGUAGAGGACGAGUUCAUUCCCCAUUCGGCCCCGUCUACCUGCACGUUACUCUCAUCUGCUUGUAGACGAGCCGCGUCCUUUCCUUUGGCAAAUCGAGCAUUUUUGGGCUGUAAUUUACAGGUAAGCUUACCGAUAAUACCUUCCUGGGUGUUUAAUGUAGAAUGGAUAAAUUUUUUAUUGCUUAUUUUACCUGGGAUUUUUUUCGCCGUCGUCAUGGAGAGCUUGAAUUUAACUAAAAUUUUUGUUUUCCAGGUUCGAUCACAGAGCGAAUCAGCUGCAUUGAACAGGGUCAAUGUGAAGAUGCCGAGGACACUACUUCAGGAAUUCCAUUACUUCAAUCAACGGCAGAAAGAAGCACAGAAUUGGAAGCCCCCUCCGUUGACUGGUGGCGUGAAAUGUGAGUUCGUAAAAUUUUUGGGUGCCAUUAUGGCUGUUCGGGAUGAAUAUUAGCUUAGCAUAGUCUACGAAGACUUUCUAUUGUUCAAGCAUAGAACGUAGAUUGAAAAUGACUUCACCAAGUCAAACAGUCUGCUCGUUUUCCAUUUGCCAUGGUUUUCAUGACCAUUAUUACUCAUAAUCUAUUGCGUAAUUAUGCACAACAUGCGGGAUGGCUACUGUCCUGCACUUGAUGGACCUUGAUACCACAAUCCAGCCUUGUUUUCAUGUGAUUGUCAGUCCUGACUUCCGCUUUGAGUUUCUGCAUGAUAACAGUGGGCCUCUUUUUUAGAUUUGCUGGUGGAAAAUAUUAGUCAUUAAUGUUCGUUGCAAGGUCUUGCGGGGUAUUUUGUAAUAGGGGAGGUCUGGAAAAGAGAAUGAACUUCUGUUUAUACUUUUUUCGCAUUGUAGGUCCAUUCUCGCGUCUGUUACUCGCAUUAGUGCAAAAUUCUUAUUUUACAGUGAGCUGAGUUUUUUUUUUUGAUUCUAUAGUGGUAACCUAUGGAAAGCCGGUUCACAGGGCUCAUUCAGUUUUUUAAUUAUUCCGAAAAUCUUCGAAUGAUCAAGCGAUAAGUAUUCAAAUGUGAAGUCUCUUGGUAAAAGAGUACGAUGUCUACCGACAAAGGGGCUUUAUUUUGUACGAGUCAUAAUCGGAUGAUGUAAUGACUGACAGGAACAAUGAUAUACCUUUCUGACCACACAAAAGAACCCUUCAAAUCUUCAAUGCUCUUUCAACCCGGGGUUUUGUUUUGGUGGGAUGUAAAGUAGCGCCACCUUUGAUAAUGAAAUGUUUCAAUAUUUGGGGGCUCGUGGAGGUCACAAAAGUCUGAUAGAUACUAAUGCUUUAGGCCCAUAGAGGUAUACUUAUUUUGCAAAUUAUUAAUCUUUAUCGUAAGCUGAUCAUACGAGUUCCAAUUUUACUGCGGGAGGAGUCAGCCGAUGGUCACUCCAAAGAACCAGACAUGUUCCAAACUCUUUCUUCUUGUGGUGGGCCCUGGGACGCCGAUUUUUUCUUCAUCCGUCGAACACGUGAAUAUACAGAACAAUCGGGAAAUGAAAUGAAUGGUGUCAUAUGAACUUUAAAAUCAGAAUGCAAAUGAAUCCUCGCUUCCUUCCAAAUCGGUCUUUGAAGCUGGGCAAUCUUUUGUUUCGGGUCUCUUUGGAUAGGAAUUGUCUAAUUUCAGAGGCCGAAGUUUGAAUUCAAUCAAAGUUUAGUCAAAACUUGAUGGGAAAAGAUUUGUCAUGGAUAUAUUUAGACCUUGCAAUGAGUCUUUUUUAGUAGAAAAUAUUUAAAGUUAGAUGCAUUUGGUAAACAGAAAUUAUGAAUUUUUCGUUCGGCACGUAUAUUCAGUCACGUAUCUUUAUCCGAUCUGGGUAACUCUUCCGUAAUUUCCCAUUUCUCUGCCCUUUGAUCUGAUCAUUUGGACCAAGUUUUUUUGGGGGAAUCCUUUCAUGUGAAUCCCGUUCUGAUCUGGGUGUCAUCUGCUUUUCGGAGUGAAAUCUUUGGCCGGCCUGUUUUUUAGUGCUGAAAUUGGGACUUGCAGGAAACGAUGUUUGUUCCGGGCAGAAGUUUCUCGAUUACUAUCAUUCAAAAUAGUUACUCCUUUCUUUUGGACAUUUGUUGACGGAUGUUAAAAUUUGCACUGACUGUGGCAUGUUUGUUUUUGGGGGCUUUAAAUUUUCUACUAUCAUUCUCUGAUAUUCCCGGCCAAUGUUUUCAAUUUGCUCAGGCUAUUGGCCUGAAAAUCACAUGUGGCCAUAAAAAAAGUGAAUAAAGGGAUUACAGUACAGCCUAAUCAAUCUGAUGCAAUCAGACCCUGAAUUCAGCGUGAUUUAUGAUAAGGUUGCUCAGGAAAGAGUGCGUACGGUGGCAGAGUAACUAUUUUAAGAGGAUUAAAAAGGGGAAAAACCCAGAAGGUAAUGAUAACACGAAAAGAAUUUUAAUUAUGCCACUGUCCUCGGGGGGUAGUAUGCUUUCGAAAGUGUUUCUCUUAUCAGAAACCCCGCCAUUCGGUACAGGCAAUGCUGGGUGCAGCAAAAGGGUCAAAGGUUUUGAUUUAUAGGAUCCCAGGCUUUGAAUCCGCUGGGGUAUCUGCUGGGAACUUAUUGUUUGGUUAGCUUUUGAUGAACCUAAAGCUGGAAACGUCUGCACUUAGAUAGCGUUUUAAUAUUUCCAGUUUGUUUAGUAGAGCGAUAACAUCCAUAGUAAUGCCAAAUUCUUCCAAAAUUAUGCUUUGUUUUGUUGGUAUACUCGGUCUUUUUUGAUUUUUCAUAGUCAUAAGAGUAUCAGCCUUUUUUUCUUAACCCUUUCUUUGUCCGAACUUCCAUUCCCUCCUAUUCCAAACCGUUCAACUGAUAAGAGAAUAGGUUUCUUGAUCGUCUUAACCUAUUUUUGACUGUUGUGAACAUUCUCUUAUGGCUGCCGUUAUCAUCAUCGAUAACAGUGCCUUGUUUUCCAUUCCCCUAAGACUGUUUACCCACCCAUUCUUGGCGCUAACUUCCAAUCACUCCCUUUGAAUAAGGACCAUUAUCAGAAUAUUUUUAAUUUUUUUGGCCUCUUUGUUCGGCCCAAAAAUAAGUGCUGCCGGUCUCUGCACGACCUUCCACCAGCCCCAUAUCUUAUCACUUGUUAUUUUCGAGGCGUCUCUGUUGGUUUUCUGACCCGACUCACGUGCGAUUCCACUAAAGAAACAAUUGAUAAUCGAGUGAAAUUACGCUGACGAUUGAUACGAAGAAGCGGGGUUUUCUGCUAGAGGGAGGACCCACUAUUUCGGAUGUCAGGGGAGGAGUGCGGUUGAUAUAUAAGGCUGUGAAUACCUGAACUGUCAUUGCCGGUGUGGGCAGACGGAUGUUGUGGUCUUACCCUUUAUGGUAGUGCCGACUUUUCGUUUUUCCGAAAGCAAUGUGUUUGCCAUACCACUUUUUCAUUGUAAUAAACUACACGUGUUGAAUGUGUCCUUGGCAUCGUUGAAGGUGUCUCUAUAUUAAACAUAACCUCUAAAGGAAUACCUUUUCUGUCUAAAAGCGGUUAUGAAUUACAUGUGAAGUCCAUCCUUCUCUCGUGAUUGGCUUCCUUCUGAUCUCGACUCCGCCCCAAUGUUUUCCCACUCCGUUUUUUAGCAAAACUUUUCUCGAACCCACCCAAAAUAUUUGUCUGUCUGUCUGCCCGUAUCUUCAAAGGGCGGAUUGUUCGAUCUGACAGAGGCAAUCAGUGGGGAGCACAAUUUUUUUGGGUUUAUCUGCACUCGGGCGGCGGUUCUUUAAAGGUUCCGGUGUCCCUUGGAAUUAGGUAAUAAGUGGGGGGAAGAUGUUAAAUUAAUUACAUUACUAACAGACUGGUUCGAAUAUUAGAGGGGCUUGCAUCAUUUGGAGAAUAGCUUACAUUGUAUGUUAGUUUCUGAACAUUAUCUUUUCGUAACUUGGUCGCUUCGCUUUCCAACCGACCCCAAACGCAUUAGAUCAUAUCAAUUUAAAAUAAUUUCUUAUGGAGCAUUGCUUAAUCACUUUCUUCUUUCUUACAUUCGUUCGAGAAGUUUCUUUGGCUGAUCCGUUUUGCGCGCCGUUUUCUGCUGACCAGUUUGAUAUAUUUUCGGUUUAGUCUCGGCUUCAAUCCAAGGCCCAUUGUUGUCUGUUGUGUGGCCGUUUCGUAAAUAGGAUUGAACCAAUGCUUGCCUUAUACGAGCAUUUCUAUAUGAUUGAGUGCGCCCCCAGCACUAGCCUGGAGAAGAAACUGCAGCUGAGGACAGGUACGAUUGCUGAGGAUCUUAAGAAAUCAUGCAUCUGUGGGCGGUCUUUAUAAAUUUUAUUUUUUGAACCAGAAAAAAGUGGAAAAUCCAGCCCUUAGUUAACGUUGAACUAAAUUCUGGCGGGUCUUAUCCAAAAUAAAAAUAAAAUUUCACCAAAAAAUGCCGAAUUCAUUCAAAAUUGUGGCAAGAUCCGCCGAAGUUUAGUUCAAAAUUAACUUUGGACUUUAAAAGAAAUAUUACUGUCGAGAAAUGAAUAAUUCUUCUGUUUUAGUCUAUGCUCCAGUCCAUGAAGAUGGCGGAUCAGAAUCAGACACCGAAGAAGGACGUAUCUCCUCUUCCCCAUCAUCCUCAUCCGAUGAAGAUGAUGCCCAUCCCACUGCCACCACUACCCAACCCCUCCCUCUCCUCCUCCUCAACAGUCAACCAGCUCCCUCAAUCUGUUCCGAUGACAUUGUCCGUCAUCUGGAGCGGGCUUUAGAGUCCAACAAAGAAAAGACAGAAGAGAAAAAGCCAAGUGUACCAGUUGAAAAGAAUCUCUUGCACGGUAGGUUGUUCUGCAGCAAAGAGGGUGCUAUAAAUUGGAGUUUAGGGACAAAAAUUUUGUUGAAAUCUUUCGUUUCGAAACCAAUCUUUACUGAUGAUGACAGUAAUUUUGUGUGUUUCAGACGAAUUGAGCAACUCCUCGACAUCCUCCGAGCAAUCCCACCUUCUCCAUGAUGAGACCAGUGCCUCGGCUUCAGACAGUGAUGCCAAGUCUUCUUCCUCCCAAACUACACCCACCAAUACACAUCGACGAAAACAUUUCAAAUCACAUCGUCACACACCACGAUGCGUGAGGUUCGCUGAUGAGUGUGGAAAUGAAUUGUACGAACUGAAGGUCCUCACAGAGCCCUCAGAUUAUCCUCCAGAAAUCCCUCGGGCUGUAAUUCAAAGACACAGAAAAGCAGCGGGACUCAGUGAUCUGAGUGAUGAAGACGAUUCGAAGCCAAAGCCCAAAUCAACAUGGAAAGUGAUGUUCAAGCAACCAGCCAGCGAUUACAUCAAGUUCAGACAGACCCUUGAUGCGAAUCAUGUUGCUCUGGAGAAUGUAAUCGUCAAAAACGAGGUCCCCAAAGUCGUUGGAACGAUUAAGGUAAGCCGUUUUAACUGGACAUGAGCUUUUGGUGAGAAGUCUAAAGAUAGGGUUGUAAUGUUUGACGAAAUUUGUUGACCAGAUUCUAGGUCACUCCAUCAAACUUUUAGUUUUUGGGGAACAAAAAGAAAGAUCUCGAUGUCAAGAAAUAAUGGGAAGCCCGCUUAUUAAUUGCUUUGCGUGGAUUUAGACGUGCAGAACUCAAAGUAACUCUUUUUUAUUGCAUCGAAAAAAUAUUAUGAAAGCAUAUGACUGCGGUAACGGGGUUUACAGUUAUGAUUGAUGCACUAUGCAAACCGUCGUAUUGACUGACGUGUUUACGGAGAAAGGUUACGAUAGGAGAGCGUUUUAUAUAACCCGAGAGAAAUAUUUUGAAUAGAGUGGGUGUUGUAUUCAUAAAACAUACACAGCUGGAGGGAAUUUAUGUGAAUGUGGGGUCAUAGUUAAUGUAAUAUUUGCAGGUAGCGAACAUUGCCUUCGAGAAGCGGGUCUUCUUGCGAUGCACAUCAGAUCGCUGGCAAUCCUUCCAAGACUUCGAUGCCAAGUUCCUGACAUCUGCUUCCAAAACUUUUGACACUUUUACUUUUGAAUUCCCUAUUGCCAGCAACAUUGGACAAUCGGUAAGGGAUGUUAUAAUUGCAUUAUGAAUGCGAUCAAAAGGGCAAUUGUCGAUAAUGGCGUGAUCUCAGCCUGAGAGAUCCAUCGGGUUUUGGGAGAAAAAAUGAUUUGUAGUAGACGAGCGCGGGAGUUUAUUAAUUUCUUGAGCUUUUUGGUCAUUCAUGUGAAAAGAAGGUGAAAUUUUUUUUGAAAUAGAAUGAUGUUAUUUCCCCGUUUUGGUUUCAAAAGUAAUCAAAUAACAGUAUUAUAUUGUUUAUAUGAAAUUUGAUUUCAGGAAUCGCACUUUGAAUUCUGCAUAUGUUUUCUUGCCGGUGAAGUGGAGUAUUGGGAUUCGAAUGACGGGCACAACUACGUCCUAGAAGGUGAAUCCCUUCCUCCAAGCUCCCCUCCAGCUCGGGUGUCGUCUCCCAGACCCCAACAGAACAACCCGGUGCCGGCAGCGAAGGUCCGGGCAGCUCAUAAUGACGCCUAUCGUAUGGAAUACCGUAAUUGGUCGUCGUUUGCCUCAUGGAAAGCCCUGAGCACGGAUGCGCCUUACUGGUAACUCGUUGCUAGUAAUACGAGUAUAGUGUCGUAUAGUAUCCCCACUCCACCGCCCUCGCCGUAA